CUGGCGGGGCCCGGCCCGGCCCGCUCCCCGGCCCGCCUCCUGCUGCAUGGGCCGCGCUGUCCCCGGCCUCUGCGCUAUGGCGGCGCCCGGCGCGGCGGCCACCUGCGAGGACUUCGCCGAGUUCCAGGAGUUGCUCAGGGUGAUGAGGACAAUUGAUGACAGAAUCGUCCAUGAAUUAAACACUACAAUCCCAACAGCUUCCUUUGUGGGCAAGGUGGAUGCCAGCCAGACAUGUAAAGAACUCUAUCAGUCUUUGAUGGAUGCUCACACCAGCAGAGAGAGAAUCAUCAAAAACUGUAUUGCUCAGACAUCCAGUGUAGUGAAGACUCUCAGAGAAGAGAGAGAAAAGGCCCAGGAUGAUGUAGCAUUAUUAAAGCAACUCAGGAAAGAACAAACAAAGUUGAAAUUGAUGCAGUCGGAGCUGAAUGUUGAAGAAGUGGUAAACGACAGAAGCUGGAAGGUAUUUAAUGAGCGUUGCCGAAUUCACUACAAGCCUCCGAAGAGUCAAUGAUGUGAGGUCUUUUCCAUCAGUGGUCCAUAACCAGGAGAGCCAAACUGGAAAGAGGUUUUGGGUGAGCUGUGUCGGGACCCUCCAGAACCAGUAGAACCCAGUCUUGUUUUGGACCUACUUAGCUGAAAACACAAGUUUGAAAUGAUUUUCCUGUAAUCAAGAGAAAAGAACUCAUCACCUUUUGUACAAACUACCUGAGCAAAUGAGUUUUAUAGUAUUAAAAGAAUUUUCAAAUGGAA